AUGCUCGACAGCUUGCCUGCGCGUGGCACCCAACAGCGCGGGCCUGCUCUGGCCGCAGAUUCGAAGCUGCGAGACUUCACAUCUGCCAUUUGCCGCCACGGGUCUCGGAGCUUGUGGCAGCUCGCGCUGCUGACCUGGACUCACAUUGCUGACCGCAAGCUUGAACCCAAUACAAUCGCUUGCAAUGCUGCUAUAGCAGCCUGUCGUCAAGGGAGUAGCUGGCAUGCGUCAAUGCUUCUUUUUCAGGGCGCGUGCGCACUUGGCCUGCAGGUGGAUACAAUUGGUCUCAACACGUGCCUAGCGGCAUUGGGAAAGCGUGUGGCACGUUGGAUCACGUCUCUUUCCUUGUUGAAGGUGGCUUGCCGCAAGAAACUACAGCCUGACUCCUACAGUUGUACCGCACUGUGUAGUGCAUGCCAGGGCCGCUGGUGGCUGGUGCGUGAACUGCUUGACUCAGCGUGCCGCCAAAGAGCCAUUCAGCCCAGCAUGGAACUGUUUAACGCGUUUUUGUCUGCGGGUUGGAGCAGCACGUGGCCUGCUGCGCUGUGUGUCUCCCAAGGCUUCGAGAUGCGACCAGACCGUGUGACUUUCAAAAUCCUAUCAAGAACUUUUGGCCGUUCCGGCGCCUGGCAAGCUUGCACGACCCUUCUCGGAGAUGCGACGAAUGCCGGGGUUGCUACUUUCGUUCCAUUUGCGUCCCUAGCAGCUGCUUGCGGCCGACAAAUCCUUUGGCGUAAAACUUUGACGCUGGGAAAGGGCUGGCACGAUCCCGCGACGGCUACUGCAGUUGUCAGCACUUGUGCGAGAGCCCGGGUGUGGGAGCGCUCGGUGGGCUUCGGCUUCGCGAGUGAUGGUUUGCAAGUUGACACCGCGUUGCUCAAUUCGAUGCUGAGCGCCUGGAGCGAGUCAUCGGUUUGGAGCAGGAUGCUGACAGCUUUCAAGUCGGCCGGGCCGGCGCCUGACAUGAUCACCGCUACUGCCGCGAUGGAUGGCAUGAUUGCCGCCGAGAAGUGGCGCCAGGUGUGCGCAGUCCUGGAGGACCUCAGGGUGGCCAAGCUCCGACCGGAUGCGGCAGCCUGCAGCACCAUACUGCGUGGCUUGAAGCACAGCUGGUCGCUCGCUUUGGUGGCCAUGCGCGAGAUGGGCCGCGGCAUGAAGCUGGAUUUGGGGAACUUCGCGUCGUUGCUCUCACUUCGGCUGGGCUGGCAGAAAGGACUUCACGUCUUGCGGGGGCUUCCAGGCAGAAACGUGGGGCUUGGAUUGGCAGGUCGUGUCUCAACUUCGGCUCUGACGCUUUUCGCCUCGCAAUUUCAGGAGCUGGAGGGCGCCCAGAAGUGGGCGCAAGCUGUGAGUUUACUCGCGUUCCUUGGCCAGUCGUCCUGCUCGGCUUUGCUGGGCAGUUGUUUGGUGUGUCUUCGCGGGUGCGGCCGACGCGAGCAAGCCUUGAGCUCCUUACAAACGCUGGGCGAGCGCAGCGUUGAGAAGGAUGCCACGCUGUUGGGUGUGGUGCUGAGUCUUUGUGACCGCGAGGACCUUUGGCAAGACGCAUUGCAUGUUUUUCGCACGUGGCCGCGGAGCGAGAAUUCCGUGCCAGCUGGAGCUUUAAUAGCUUCGUGUGGCAAGGCCUGGCAAUGGACUCAUUGCGUGGACCUUCUACAGAUGGCAAGAGAUGAUAUCAGCGUGGUGAGUACGAACUCAGUCAUGGAUUCCUUUUCCAAGAUGCAACGUUGGAUGGCUGCCAGCAACCUGCUUGCUGAGAUGACCUGGCAAGCAGUGCUGCCUGACCUGUCCACGCUGAAUUCGGCAGUUUCCUCCUGUCGUUCAGAAGCAGGCUCCAACGCGGUAUGGGCUGAGGCUUCUGCCUUGGUUUCAAGAAUGAGCCGGCUAAGGCUCCAAGCUGACUUGGUAUCCUUCGCUGAAGUUGCUGCAGUGCUUGAGCAAAACUGCCCCGAGCAGCUGAUACGCUGGAUGGGGGACUUUGAUUGCAUGUCCCCAGGUCCCCAGAGUGAGUCACCAAGUCAAGCAGUAGCUGCGCUGGAGGUCUUCUUUGCGCACGGCAAGGUUGAAGCACAGCACAAGUCGCUCUUUGCUCGAAGAAUCCUUGCUGCGGCACUCCCGCGGCUCAGCAUGACCAACUCAGAGGCACAGCUUCGCCCGCUGCAACUCUACAGCCUCGGGCCAUUGACGUCCGACGUGCUAAGACACUUUUGCCUCCACAACACGCUCUCUUCGUGGCUACCGGGCUUCCGUGCAGAAGCCCGGCGCAAAGUGAAGACGUUGGAAGGAACAGCGCGCUCCGCACGUCUCAUUGGCGCAUCCCAGGCUCAUGUGCUUUCGCAUUGUAGUCAAGCUUUGCAUGUGGUGGGAAACUUUGCCGACAAGGUGGGCGAAGAUACGGGGCCACUCAUCCCAGUAUUUGUUGACCAUGAUCGGAGCUCACAUGCAGAGCGGCAAGCAUUGCUGAGUAUAUUGGCUGGUUUGAGCGUGAAAAGGGCACCAGCCUCUUGA